AUGGGCGGCCGUAUCGACGCGUAUCUUGACGUCGCGUCAUUAUACAGCUACGUGGCCUUUCUCUUGCUUGUCAAAGAUGCACCUGUCUAUGCUGCCAACAACGUAGAGGUCGUAUAUCACCCCAUCCUUCUCGGCGCCAUUAACAAGGCGACUGGCAACAAACCGCCGUUCUCGCUUCCCGCAAAGGCCGCGUAUGGCAUGUACGACGUUAGACGGUCUUGUGCCCGGGUCGGUGCGCCCGAGACCCAGGCCCCGCCAGACUUUAUGAAGCGCGCCGUCACUGUCUUGGCCCUGCGCGCCCUCCACUACAUCCAGAGUCAUUAUUCGGCCGAGACGUAUGUUGCCGCCUUCCACUACCUGUUUUACCGCUUUUGGACGCCCGAGCACGCCGAUCUGCGCGACCCAGAGAUCCUCAAGGCCGAGCUCCGCGCCGCACCCGCCGGCUUCAACGGCAAGGCCUCGCUCAAAGCCGGCUCCCAGAACAGCAAGCCCUUGUUCACCGCCGCCGACGUCGACGCUAUUGUCGCCGGUGCCACAUCACAGCCCGCCAAGGACCAGCUGACGGCCGCCACCACGGAGGCGCUCGACCGGGGCGCCUAUGGCGCGCCUUGGCUGUGGGUCACCAACGAUGCCGGCGAUGCGGAGCCCUUUUUUGGCAGCGAUCGCUUCCACUUUGUGUACCAGUUCCUCGGUCUGCCGUACCAGGACGUUGUCCUGGUUGAUGCGCCGGUAGCGAGAGCAGGCAAGCUGUAA